AUGUCAAACCUAAAACGCAUAUCCAUCCUCCCCAAUCCCACCUGCGAACGCGCCGGCCUAAAAUCCUACGCCUCCCUCCUCCGCAAAUACGACUUCGCGCCCACCACCGAAGGGCCCUUCCAAGUCCUCGACGUCGCCACGAAAUCCGUAAAGAACCUGUUCAAACCCGCGGCUAAAAAAGAAACGAAACCGGUUCUGCGCAAGAUUGAAGAGGAGGGCAAACCGGGCGAGGUCAAAGCGGAAGACCAGCAGAAUGAUGCGUUGUAUAUUUGCUCCACGGCCUCCGGCAUCGUCGGCACAGACAACGUGACCCUCGGCGGCCUAUGCAUCGAGAACCAAGCGAUUGAACUCGCCAACAAACUCAGUCCGCAGUUUACAUCCGGCGCAGGAGACGGGCUGUUAGGUCUAGGAUUUGGACAUAUCAAUACUGUCAAGACGAAGAAAGUGGCUACGCCUGUUGAAUCGAUGAUUUCCCAAUCCGACAUCCCCUCCUCCAGCGAACUCUUCACCUGCUACCUCGGCUCCUGGCGCGACACCACCGACGCCGAUCACGGAGAAUCCUUCUACACAUUCGGCUACAUCGACGAAACCGUCCUCCGCCGCUGCGGCGUCUCAGAACCCCACUACGUCCCCAUCGACUCUUCACGCGGGUUCUAG